AUGGCCUCACCCAACGAACACCACCACGGGCAUUCUGACCCGAAUCCCGACUUACACCCACCAGGCCCUGCUUCGCCUCACCCUCAACCGUCUUACCAGCCUCAACCACAGGAAGAAGCAAAAAGCUCAUCACCACCAUUACACUCACCACAAAUCUCCACAACGCCGGCCCUCGACCUCCCCACCUCCCGACAAUUCCUCACCUCCCUCAUAACCGCCAUCUCCAACAUUCCUCUGCUCGACGAGCCACCUACCCAAAUACACAAACCCGCACCCGGGCCAGGGUCCAAACCCCAAUCCAAAGCUGCCGAUGUACCAGCAACAGAGACAGAAACGACAAUUCGGAGGAAACAACUACUCCAGAUCCUCAAAGACGAAGGUGACGAAGGGAGAGAAGAAGAUGAUCAUGAUGUAACCAUCAGGAACAAGAACAUGAACAAGAUAAAGAUUCCUGGAGGUCAAGUGAACCCCCUUAAACUGGUACCGCCUGAAUACCGACAUUUGAUCAUCACGCUACAUGUUCUGUUUCCGGGGGUGGUGUUACCAGGGUUGGAGGUUUUGGAGCGGGGGUUGGUUGAACGGGUCAUUUUGAGGAGGUGUGCUGCUGGAGAGGGGGUAGCGGCAGCGGUAGUGAAGAAGAAGAAGAAGAAGGAGGAGGAGGAGGAGGAGGAGGAGGAAGAUGAGGAAGGGAGGCAGAAGGAGCAGAUGAAAGAAGGGGAUAUGGAUGUGGAUAUGGAUAUGGAUAUGGAUGUGGAUGUGGUCAUGGAAGAAGGGGACGACAACAGGAAGAACGACGACGACGACGACGGGGACGUAACAAGUCCGCCGCCGGCUGAGGAUGAGACCAAGGAUGGUGGAAAGGCUAAGAAAAACCACCACAAGUCACUGUGGGAGGAGUCCACAGAAGCAAAAGUCGAACAUCAUCCCCGGUCACCACCUCCAGAGUUCUAUCUCGUCCGCUCCUCCCAGUUCCUCAACGUCCACCCGAAGCGGAAACGAAAGUAUCCAAGUAGCAAUCUUUCUGGGCUGUAUGGAGACGCAGACACCGAGGGUAUCCCGUCAGGUGUUGGCAGCGAAGCAGACCGAGAGCGAGACUACCGAAUACAGCGGUACAUGGUCAGCCUGGAAGCAUGGAACUGUACCUGCGCUGCGUUUGCGUUUGCUUGUGUCUCGGAGCCAGAAGCAGGAGAUGAUGCAAAAGAAACAGGAGGAGAAGAGCUACAAGAAAAGAGAGAAAGUGAUAACAAAGGAAGUGCAGGCUGGACCUUUGGCGGGAUGACCCUCUUCAACGCCCGAGAUCACUCGAGCGUACCGCCCGUUUGCAAACACCUGCUGGCCUGUCUGUUGGCUGAUAAGUGGACGAGGGCGUUGGGGAGGUAUGUGACGGAUCGGGUGGUGAGUAGAGAGGAAAUGGCCGGCAUUGUUGCUGAUGUGUAG